GUUCAUCGCUGACGGCCGAAGGCAGUAAAGUGUGAACUGUGAACUUCUGUGCGUUCGACUUUGGUAAACUAUAUCGCGAAAAAUUUUGCCGCAUUUGAGUUAAAUCUUACUUAAAAAUAAUAAGGUGUAAAGACUAGUUUACUUAAGGUGUAGGUAUCACUAAGUUUCUCAUAAUUAUUCAUUUAGUGACCUGUUCAUAUACGUAUCUUUAAAUUAGGUGUAGCUAGCUAUCGGCCCAUCAGGUUUCGAUAACAAGAGCCGUACGUACCUCAGUGGCGUCAUCAGAAACCAAUACAAUAACCAUAGACAUAAAAUAGUCCGUAAGACUUUAAACUGCUUGUGAUAUAAUUUAAAGCAUUUAAAUUUGAAUUAAGAAUUCGAAUUGACAAAUACUCGUGAUUAGAAUUGUGAUAUAAAUUAUUAUUUGAAUUUAGAAUAGAAUAUCGUAGGAUUAAGAGCGCUAUUGUAUUAUAGAUUUUGAAAAUAGAAUCAAGUUAAAAAUAAAUUAUAUAAGAAUAGUAUAGAGAAUUCGAAUUUGAUUUUGAAUACUCAGCGACCUUAGCACGAAGACGUCUUAAGUUAUCUAUGGUAAAAUCAGUUGAAGAAUGAGAGACAAUAUGAAACCCUGCCAGCACACUUUGUCAGAUGACAUCGUCUAUAAGGAUGUUGUCAUUAUUGGUAAUGGACCAAGUGGGAUGGUGACGUCAUUCAUGCUCGCAGGCAACGUACCGUACUUAAAGGAAGUGCCAGAAGACUUGCCCAUCGAUGAGAUGCUAAAAGCCAGACUCACAAACUUACCACCUGGACAGAAUCUGUACGAGACAGAUCUGUUAGAGCUCGCUGAGGGAUUGGAGGGUAGGAGUCAGAAUCCGAUUCCACUGUUGAUGGACAAUCUACUCAGGCCGUGUGCAGAUUUGGGUUUACAAGCCGAUUCUCUAAUUGAGUGGCGAUACGAUGUCGAGAAAGAGAUAGACCACGUGGUACUAGGUCGGGGGCCGCCCGGCGGCGCAUGGCCGACAUUCCCGUCGCACGUGCGCACGUUGUCGCCGGGCGCGUGGCUCUGGCUGCCGCCGCUCCCCGCGGCGGCCGCGGAGCGACUGAGCGCGCGCGCGGUUGCCGCGUACUGCCGCCGGUAUGUGGUGGCGUGCGGGUUGCAGCGCUACUUCCGUUGCAACGUAGUGGUAUUGAGCGUUACACCGGCCCGUUCUACAGCUGCGCCGUGCGGCGCCGCGUGCCCGCGUAAUGGCGCCUAUUGGGUUUCUGGGUACGACAAGACGGAGGGGCGCGGGUUCCGCUACCUGUGCCGGCGCGUGGUGGUGGCGUGCGGCGCGGGCGACCGGCCCAACGCGCUGCCGGCGCACGUGUCCGCGCACGCCGCGCACUCGCUCGACGCCGUCGAGCGGGCGGCGCACCUGUUGGCCAGCGGCGCACUGCCCGACCCGUACAAGUCGCCGCUCGUGGUGGGGUCCGGCGUGAGCGCGGCGGACGCGGUGCGGCUGCUGCGCGCGGCCGGCCUGCCCGUGCGCCACCUGCACCGCGAGCCCGCCGCCUCGCUGGCCAAGCUGGCGCCCGGGCCCUAUCCGGAUUACUGCCAGAUCUACAAAAUGAUGUGCGACGGUCCAUCUGGCAACCAUCCGAACUACACACCGUACCCACACCACAUCAUACUCGAAGUGACUCCGCUCCCAGAACAAGAACAACCCCUAAAAAUUGCUGAAGAAGUGGAAGACAACACGAUCCGCCUCAAACGAGUGAAAUUACUCGAUCUCGUUACAAAUAAAACAAUUGAACUAACAGUAACUCUCAUUGCCGUACUCAUUGGCUCCAAACCCGACCUAUUCUUCCUUCAAACGAACUUCGACCUUAACGACAUUGACAUAAAGAAAUGCACAUGCAGCGAAAAGAAAAUUGACGAAAAUGAAAAACAAUGCUUCCUCAAAAACCACUGGCACUAUCUGAAAUCAGUCGUCGGACAAAGCAUACAAAGCUGCAAAUCGAGGUACUUGAGUUACACGGAAAUAAACGGCAAUAUGGACACAAAAUGCGCCUUACCAGACUGUAACAAACGGGACACGUGUACGUGCGACACUAGGGCUGAAAACGGACUGGCCGUUCGAGAAUGCAAAUGCGAAAUCAUUCCAUAUUCAAAUUCGAGGCGGGAAAAGAACUGUCAGUGUCAACCUACAAAUCCGUAUAGCAAUGGAUUUGGCUAUGGCAUCGACCCCAAAAAGCCAGUGGACGGAAGAUCAAAUCCCGUGGCUAUAGACAAGAGUACUCAUGAAAUUUUAAACGCGCCGAAAGGCAUGUACGCUUUGGGACCAUUGACAGCAGACAAUUUUAUUAGGUUUAUUCCUGGAGGCGCACUCGCAAUAGUAUCACACAUCCACCGAGAAAUGAAAACAGAAUAAUAUAUGAAUGAAAUUGUGGUUCUCUACUUAAUUUUUUACAAUAAAUUAUUUUUUAUACCCA